ACACUUCAGCUGGGAAUGCCCAAAAAGCUUACUGCUGUUUAGAAUUCUUGCUACAGUCAGGAGAAAGCCGAAAGCUGCACGGGUACUGAAUCUCCUACAACUGAAUUAGAAGAAUAAUGACUGUACAAUUAACUAUCAACCUCUGUUCAUUUAAGCACAGUUUUUACAGAGCUCAGGAGAAAUAUGGAACUUGAUUGACAUGUUUUUAUUUGAUGGUGUCAGCAAAUAGAUGAUUUUAAAGACAGGUGGUAGAGAAAAAUAAGAGAAGGGGGAAAAAAAAGAAAGAAAAUGCAAUUUGAGACAUUGCGCCAGGUCUGCAAUUCUGUUUUAUCUCAUUUUCAUGGGGUUUUUUCAUCCCCACCAAAUAUCUUACAAAAUGAGCUUUUUGGACAAACACUGAACAAUGCAAGGAAAAGAAGCCCAUCUGUGUCCAGAGAUCAGAAUAGAAGAUACGACCAAAGGGAAGAAAGAGAGGAAUAUUCACAGUAUGCUACUUCGGAUAGCGCAAUGCCUAGAUCUCCAUCAGAUUAUGCUGAUAGGCGAUCUCAACAUGAACCUCAGUUUUAUGAAGACUCUGAUCAUUUAAGUUAUAGGGACUCCAACAGGAGAAGUCAUAGGCAUUCCAAAGAAUAUAUUGUGGAUGAUGAGGAUGUGGAAAGCAGAGAUGAAUACGAAAGACAAAGGAGAGAGGAAGAGUACCAGUCACGCUACCGAAGUGAUCCAAAUUUGGCCCGUUAUCCAGUAAAGCCACAACCCUAUGAAGAACAAAUGCGGAUCCAUGCUGAAGUGUCCCGGGCACGGCAUGAGAGAAGGCAUAGUGAUGUUUCUUUGGCAAAUGCUGACCUGGAAGAUUCCAGGAUUUCUAUGCUAAGGAUGGACCGACCAUCAAGGCAAAGAUCUAUAUCUGAACGUAGAGCUGCCAUGGAAAAUCAGCGAUCUUAUUCAAUGGAAAGAACUCGAGAGGCUCAGGGACCAAGUUCUUAUGCACAAAGGACCACAAACCAUAGUCCUCCUACCCCCAGGAGGAGUCCACUACCCAUAGAUAGACCAGACUUGAGGCGUACUGACUCACUACGGAAACAGCACCACUUAGAUCCUAGCUCUGCUGUAAGAAAAACGAAACGGGAAAAAAUGGAAACAAUGUUAAGGAAUGAUUCUCUCAGUUCAGACCAGUCAGAGUCAGUGAGACCUCCCCCACCAAAGCCUCAUAAAUCAAAGAAAGGAGGUAAAAUGCGCCAGGUUUCGUUGAGCAGUUCAGAGGAGGAAUUGGCUUCCACGCCCGAAUAUACAAGUUGUGAUGAUGUUGAGAUUGAAAGUGAGAGUGUAAGUGAAAAAGGAGACAUGGAUUACAACUGGUUGGAUCAUACGUCUUGGCAUAGCAGUGAGGCAUCCCCAAUGUCUUUGCACCCUGUAACCUGGCAACCAUCUAAAGAUGGAGAUCGUUUAAUUGGUCGCAUUUUAUUAAAUAAACGUCUAAAAGAUGGAAGUGUACCUCGAGAUUCAGGAGCAAUGCUUGGCUUGAAGGUUGUAGGAGGAAAGAUGACUGAAUCAGGACGGCUUUGUGCAUUUAUUACUAAAGUAAAAAAAGGAAGUUUAGCUGAUACUGUAGGACAUCUUAGACCAGGUGAUGAAGUAUUAGAAUGGAAUGGAAGGCUAUUGCAAGGAGCCACAUUUGAGGAAGUAUACAACAUCAUUCUGGAAUCCAAACCUGAACCACAAGUAGAGCUUGUAGUUUCAAGGCCUAUUGGAGAUAUACCUAGAAUACCUGAUAGUACACAUGCACAACUGGAGUCCAGUUCUAGCUCAUUUGAAUCUCAAAAAAUGGAUCGUCCUUCUAUUUCUGUUACCUCUCCUAUGAGUCCUGGAAUGUUGAGGGAUGUUCCACAGUUCUUAUCAGGACAACUUUCAAUAAAACUAUGGUUUGACAAGGUUGGUCACCAAUUAAUAGUUACAAUUUUGGGAGCAAAGGAUCUCCCUUCCAGGGAAGAUGGGAGGCCAAGGAAUCCUUAUGUUAAAAUUUACUUUCUUCCAGACAGAAGUGAUAAAAACAAGAGAAGAACUAAAACAGUAAAGAAAACAUUGGAACCCAAAUGGAACCAAACAUUCAUUUAUUCUCCAGUCCACCGAAGAGAAUUUCGGGAACGAAUGCUAGAGAUUACCCUUUGGGAUCAAGCUCGAGUUCGAGAGGAAGAAAGUGAAUUCUUAGGCGAGAUUUUAAUUGAAUUAGAAACAGCAUUAUUAGAUGAUGAGCCACAUUGGUACAAACUUCAGACGCAUGAUGUCUCUUCAUUGCCACUCCCCCACCCUUCUCCAUAUAUGCCACGAAGACAGCUCCAUGGAGAGAGCCCAACACGGAGAUUGCAAAGGUCAAAGAGAAUAAGUGAUAGUGAAGUCUCUGACUAUGACUGUGAUGAUGGAAUUGGUGUAGUAUCAGAUUAUCGACGUGAUGGUCGAGAUCUUCAAAGCUCAACAUUGUCAGUGCCAGAACAAGUAAUGUCAUCAAACCAUUGUUCACCAUCAGGGUCUCCUCAUCGAGUAGAUGUUAUAGGAAGGACUAGAUCAUGGUCUCCCAGUGUCCCUCCUCCACAAAGUCGGAAUGUGGAACAGGGGCUUCGAGGGACACGCACUACUACCGGACAUUAUAAUACAAUUAGCCGAAUGGAUAGACAUCGUGUCAUGGAUGACCAUUAUUCUCCAGAUAGAGACAGUCAUUUUCUUACUCUACCUCGCUCCAGAUACAGUCAGACCAUUGACCAUCAUCACAGGGAUGGCAGGGAUUGUGAAGCAGCAGAUAGACAGCCAUAUCACAGAUCCAGAUCAACAGAACAACGGCCUCUCCUUGAGCGGACCACCACCCGCUCCAGAUCCACUGAACGUCCUGAUACAAACCUCAUGAGGUCGAUGCCUUCAUUAAUGACUGGAAGAUCUGCCCCUCCUUCACCUGCCUUAUCGAGGUCUCAUCCUCGUACUGGGUCUGUCCAGACAAGCCCAUCAAGUACUCCAGUGGCAGGACGAAGGGGCCGACAGCUUCCACAGCUUCCACCAAAGGGAACAUUGGAUAGAAAAGCAGGAGGUAAAAAACUAAGGAGCACUGUCCAAAGAAGUACAGAAACAGGCCUGGCCGUGGAGAUGAGGAACUGGAUGACUCGACAAGCAAGCCGAGAGUCUACAGAUGGCAGCAUGAACAGCUACAGCUCAGAAGGAAAUCUGAUUUUCCCUGGUGUUCGCUUGGCCUCUGAUAGCCAAUUCAGCGAUUUCCUGGAUGGCCUUGGCCCUGCUCAGCUAGUGGGACGCCAGACUCUGGCAACACCUGCAAUGGGUGACAUUCAGGUAGGAAUGAUGGACAAAAAGGGACAGUUGGAGGUAGAAAUCAUCCGGGCCCGUGGCCUUGUUGUAAAACCAGGUUCCAAGACACUGCCAGCACCAUAUGUAAAGGUGUAUCUAUUAGAUAACGGAGUCUGCAUAGCCAAGAAGAAAACAAAAGUGGCAAGAAAAACGCUGGAACCCCUUUACCAGCAGCUAUUAUCUUUCGAAGAGAGUCCACAAGGGAAAGUUUUACAGAUCAUCGUCUGGGGAGAUUAUGGCCGCAUGGAUCACAAAUCUUUUAUGGGAGUGGCCCAGAUACUUUUAGAUGAACUAGAGCUAUCCAAUAUGGUGAUUGGAUGGUUCAAACUUUUCCCUCCUUCCUCCCUAGUAGAUCCAACCUUGGCCCCUCUGACAAGAAGAGCUUCCCAAUCAUCUCUGGAAAGUUCAACUGGACCUUCUUACUCUCGUUCAUAGCAGCUGUAAAACUGUUGUCACAGCAACCAGCGUUACAAAAAAAAAAAAAAAAAAAAAAAGACAAAUCACAGGUUGCAAACCCUGGUAACACUGCAUGCUUAAUGUUGUGUCUUCUGAGCCUGUUUCUAGGGAUACAAAGCGAUCCUGUGUUCUCAGAGGAAGUUGCACACAUUGUGCCCUAAAGAAGGCCCUCAGGUGAAAGAGCAGAGCUGUGAAGAACUAUCAGGUUUGAAAUUCAAUGACAUUCGAGUUCUGGUCCAAUCUGAAGCCAUGGAUUAAUCUCAAAGAAUCAGUCAGUUUCAUGCAACAGAAGCCCUUUUCAAUGGCACCUUUAUAUUUUUAUCGUUCCUUUUUCUUCAUUUAUCUAAUCCCAAAGCCCUGAUAUGCCACAGAAAUGGAGCUAUACAGCCAUGAAGCCAUGUUACAGGUCAAGGAGUGAAAUCCUAGGAAGCAUCAGGUGAAAAGUAGGAGACCAAAGAAGUGGUCAGGAACAAUCAUCAGCCCUCCUCUGGCCGGGGAUCAGAGCGGUCUGUCCAGCAGGAAGAGUGGCAGACUGUAGCUCCACGGGCACGUCCUUUACUAAUGCCAAGAUGUGUUGGACUCUGAAAAGCAAAAUUCUGUGGCUACACUGUACUGAAUGAAAUUAAAGAAACUUUUUUUGCAUGGACACAGAUUAGCUGAAUACUUAAAUUAUUUUCUUGGGGCUGCAACUU